UCUAUGAGGAGGCACGCGAGGGGUGUUGGUGACAGCUGAGCGCUCGCGAGCGGAAGCACGUGAGUGCGUGAGAGGUGUUUCUGCGCGAGGAUGACUGAGACGGACACAGCAGGUCUAGUGCCUUCAGACCAAGGCGUCGAAGGAGAACAAGAUGACGUCGUCGUGCGCAGGCUCGGAAACUGCGCCAGCGUCUUUUGCGACCCGACUACGAGGGCACAUCGCCUUAUUGUACUAUUCUUCCUAUGUUUCCUAGCAUUCGGUAGCUACUACUGCUUCGACAACCCUGGUGCCUUACAGAGCCAAAUAGAAAAUGUAAUGUCAAUAAAAGCAGCAGACUUUAGCAGCCUAUACUCAUGGUACUCCUGGCCAAACACAGUCCUCUGCUUUGCUGGAGGCUUCCUCAUCGACCGAGUCUUUGGCAUCCGCCUUGGUGCCUUCCUCUUCUCAUUCAUUAUCAUCGUGGGCCAGAUUGUCUUUGCUAUGGGGGCCUUCGUCAACCGUUUCUGGCUAAUGCAACUUGGAAGGUUCAUUUUUGGGGUUGGAGGUGAAUCUCUGGCUGUCGCCCAGAACACCUACUCGGUGGCCUGGUUUAAAGACAAGGAGCUGAACACUGUGUUUGGCCUCCAGCUGAGCAUCUCCAGGCUGGGAAGUACAGCCAACUUUAUGACCAUGCCAUUCCUGUACGCAGCUGUGGCCAAGUUGUACCCCGGUGUCACAGGGUUGGGAGUAGCACUCCUCAUUGCUGCCUCCUGGUGUGUGAUGUCGAUGCUGUGUGCAGUCGUGCUGGCUGUUCUUGACCGCAGAGCGCAACGUAUUAUGGGACGUGAAGAUGCCAUGACUGGUGAGGUGGUGAAGCUGAGUGAUGUGCGCUACUUUCCCAAGACCUUCUGGCUUCUGUGCUUCAUCUGUGUGUCAUACUAUGUCACCAUAUUUCCCUUCAUUGGCCUGGGAACGGUCUUCUUUCAGAGAAAGUACCAGUACUCUGCCGUUGCAGCAAACUCAGUUGAUAGUGUCCCUUACCUCAUUUCGGCUUUUGCCUCACCCGUCUUUGGCAUCCUGGUGGAUUUGCUGGGUAGAAACCUGAUCUGGGUCACAGCGGCGGUCUUUGGAACACUUGCUGCUCACGGGCUGCUUGCCUUCACCUUCCUCAACCCCUGGAUUGCCAUGGUUCUGAUGGGGCUGAUGUAUUCGCUUCUGGCGUGUGCGUUCUGGCCUUUGGUUGCCAUGGUGAUACCUGAACAUCAGCUGGGCACUGCUUAUGGCAUAAUGCAGUCUGUGCAGAACCUGGGUCUCGCUGUUAUUGCCAUGGUGUCCGGCAUGAUUGUCGACAGCAGUGGUUAUUUCGUCCUCGAGGUCUUUCUCAUGGCGUGGCUUUGCUGUUCUCUCAUUGCUUGCCUUUUGCUUGUUAUGGUGAAUGCUAAGCAAGGUGGAGUUCUCAAUCAGAGUCGCCUGAAGAAAGACUGAUAUUAUGCAAUUCUUGAUACGUGUGCGAAUGGGGACAGUGAUACAAGUCAUAAGCUAGGCACCUUUUAUUGCUCUCCACAAUAUCGUUGAUUCUCAUCACUCAUUAAACUAUUUUAUUAUAUCGUG